AUGGGGAAACAGCAGCCAGCCAGCCCUGGUUUCCCUAAUGGCAAACAGGACUACAAAGGGCCUGGAUGGAAUCAGAAUUGUAUAACUGGGUUCACAGGCCUUACCCUGCCAACAGCUAACAAAGAUUCUACUUUAACUCAAAUAAUAUGGGCCUGUGCUUCCAGUGGAGGAAAAUGCACUGUUUUAUCCCACUGCCACUACGAAGUUCCAAGUAGCCAUACAGUCCUGUGUAAAAAGAGCUGUGAAGUCCUAGGUGUCCAGUUUCCAGGUUUGGAAAAAAACAUUGCUGGGGAGGAAUCCAAUGAAUUCACUAAUGAGCUGGUAAAAGGUUCUACAGAUAUCUAGCCAAAUCAAGGAGUUUUCCCAUCUGGGCUUCAGUAUGUAACUAUUUUAACUGGAGCAUAUGACAUACAAACUGAGAUGCCUUUGAUGUUAGUCAUCAAUCAACCAUUUGCAGCACAAGAUCCAAGGACAUUCAGGAGUACUUGGAACAAUGUAGAAGAGAUAUAUACCGGCUUCUGGGGCAGAGAGAGCUGUACUAGAUUUCACCCAUGGUCUCAACAUGCAACUGGUUACAAAAGCCUUUGAGUUGUACAAGGUUUUGCUGAUAUUUAUCUCAUUUCAGAAAAUUCCACAUUCAAGUGGAACUGCUAUGCCCUGCAUGCUGUGCUGAGAUCCUUAGGAGGAGGAAUAGUAGACUUGAAAGAAUGCUUAAUGAGAAGACAACAAAUAGUGCAUGAUGUGCCACAUUUACUAUAUAAUGUAGAAGUUUAAGGGGCCCCUGAAACAGAAAAAUGAGCCAAUAAAGGUGGGGUUGCAGCUUACAGAUCUGAGAAACAUUUGGAAAGCUUUAAGUCUUCUGAUUAA